GGGUCUUGUACCCUGAGGGUAGUUUCGUCAUUUUAAAACAUAUUCGAGGACAAAUACGUCUAAUGGAAGUUUCGUUGUAAACGACGCCGUUUGGAAAUAUCUUUCGGUUUCGGGUUUUCGCUCCGGCGACCAUGGAGCUUCCGGAGUGCCCGGUGUGCCUUCAAUCUUACGACAACGAUGAAGCAAUUCCUCGGGUACUAUCGUGUGGUCACUCGGUUUGCGAAGCUUGCCUUGUGGAGCUCCGACAGCGAUACCCGAAUACGAUUCGGUGCCCCGCUUGUACCCAACUUGUCAAGUACAAUUCUCAACAAGGGCCUUCUUCUCUUCCCAAAAACAUCGACCUCCUCAGGCUCUGUCUCCAGCACUCUUCUCCUCCGUCUGAUCACUCUCAGAAACCGAAUCAACGGUCCACGAACAACGCUGAUGAAGAUCACUCUCGAUUCUGGUCCCAUGAGUUCUAUGCUACUUGGAAGGAUUGGAUUCUUCCUCACGACGCCGUUUCGGUCGACAAGCAUGGUUUUGGGAGAUUCAGUUCGAGUUCUUCGUCCAAAGGUAGGGUUUGCUUCAGAGGAAACCUCAGUGUGAGCCUUGCUCCUAUUGUCUCUUUGCCUCCUGUGAAUCAUUCCAAGUUCAAGUUUAGCUAUGUUGCUCGGAUUAUCAAGUGUUUGGAAGGAAUGAAAGAGGUUGUGAGGGAGGAGUUAGGUUUGAUUCUAGAAGCUUCCGUGAGGCAGGGUAGGGUGUGUAGAGUUUAUGGUUUGUGGAGUGAGAUGGUGGAUGGGCCUCUGUAUUUGGUGUGCGAGAGGCACCGUGGGAAUCUUCGGGAUAAGUUCAGUGAAUUGAGCAAUGGGUUUCUUGGUGUGAAUGGGGAUGGUUUGGAAUUGGAUAGAGGUGGGAUUUUUAGUUUCGUAAUGAUUGGUAAGGGUAUAUGUGAAUCUCUGCUUGCUUUGCAUUUGGAAGGUUUGAUUGUAGGCUGUUUGGGACUUUCUUGCUUCUCUUUUGAUGAGCUUGGUGGCAUUUAUGUUGAUUUCAAUGAGGCAUUGGCGAUGGGAAGGAAGAUUGUUGAUACUGUUUCUGGUGGCAUGGGUGAUGAGCACAAAGGAGAAGCAAUAUGCAAGGGUUGUUUGGGAAAUGAGCUUUUCAUAAGCCCAGAGGUUUUGUUGAAGUUAUUGCACAAGGGGGUUAUUACUCCAGAUAGUGGGCAUUCAGGAUAUCCGAUUGUGUAUGGCUCUGAUGUGUGGUCAUUGGCUUGUGUACUCCUGCGGCUUCUUAUUGGAAAUGCGCUCCCUCUGAAUACCUUGGAAAUGAAUGAAGAGAGUGGCUUUGACAUCUCUGCUAGUUACCUUUAUUGGGUGGAGAAAGUUAGUUCUGUUCUGGAAGACAAAUUAGGCUCUGAAUAUCUAUCUCUGAGGCAGAUUCUUUGCAAAUGUUUGGACAUCAAUCCAGGAAGCCGUCCGGAUGUGGUGGAUGUUAGGAAAUGCAUUCAGGAUAUGUUAGUCAAACCUCAAUUUGAUUUACUUGGCAACUUGGAGGUCACAAUAAAUUGGGACAACACAGGUCACUGCUUGAUUCUUGGGGAGUUGUGUCAGUUGCCUAAGGAAAGUUCUAAGGAACGUGAGUUGCAGGAGAAAGAAGAUGGAGGUCAACCAGAAUUUGUUCAUUACGGGGAAGACAAAUCUGGUGAAGACUUUGCUGCUGGCCUAUCUAAGGGAAUGAUUGAACUUAAAGAUCUGCGAGGCCAUCUUGAUUGUAUCACUGGUUUGGCUGUUGGAGGGGGAUAUCUGUUUAGUUCCUCAUUCGAUAAAACUGUCCAUGUAUGGUCCUUGCAGGACUUUUCUCAUUUACACACAUUUAAAGGUCAUGAGAAUAAAGUCAUGGCUCUAGUUUACGUCGAUGAAGAAGAACCAUUGUGCGUAAGUGGUGACAGUGGAGGGGGUAUAUUUAUCUGGGGAAUUACUAACCCUCUCAGGCAAGAUCCUUUGAGGAAAUGGUAUGAGGAGAAGGAUUGGCGCUAUAGUGGUAUCCAUUCCUUGACUGUUUCCAGAAAUCUUUGUCUCUACACUGGAAGUGGAGAUAGAACAAUAAAAGCUUGGUCAUUAAAGGAUGGAACUUUGAUAUGCACAAUGGAUGGCCAUAGAUCUGUAGUUUCCACACUUGCAGUAUGUGAUGAGGUUCUUUACAGUGGUAGUUGGGAUGGAACAAUUCGGUUGUGGAGUCUUAAUGAUCACAGCCCAUUGACAGUACUAGGGGAAGAUAUGCCUGGAGAGAUGAAGUCUAUCCUGACUAUUACUGCCGAUAGGCAUUUGCUUAUUGCAGCACAUGAGAAUGGAUGCAUAAAGGUCUGGAGAAACGAUGUGUUCAUGUAUUCCAAAACAUUGCAUAAAGGUGCCAUUUUUGCUAUGAGCAUGCAAGGAAAAUGCCUUUAUACAGGAGGUUGGGACAAAAAUGUUAAUAUACAGGAAUUAUCAGGAGAUGAGUUUGAACUGGAUGUCAAAGCAUUUGGAUCCAUUCCUUGCAGUUCUGUUGUAACAGCUAUAUUAUGCAGCCAAGGAAAACUUUAUGUUGGAUAUGCUGACAAGUCUAUCAAGGAAAACCUUGGUCGUGUUCAAAAGAGUUUCAGUGAUUUCACUAGCUUGAACUACUGGGUCGUUCGCGAUUAUUACCGUCUGGUUAACUCCGUCAAUGCUUUCGAGCCACGGAUUCAGACCCUCUCCGAUGAACAGUUAGCUGCGAAAACCCACGAGUUUCGCCUUCGGCUUACGCGAGGAGAGACCCUUGCGGAUAUUCAAGCUGAGGCGUUCGCUGUUGUUCGUGAAGCUGCAAAAAGAAAACUUGGAAUGCGCCAUUUUGAUGUCCAGAUUAUUGGUGGAGCAGUGUUGCAUGAUGGUUCCAUUGCCGAGAUGAAAACGGGAGAGGGAAAAACCUUAGUUUCCACACUUGCAGCUUAUCUUAAUGCCCUUACAGAUGAGGGUGUUCAUGUGGUGACUGUCAACGAUUAUUUAGCUCAACGUGAUGCUGAAUGGAUGGGGCGUGUUCAUCGUUUCUUAGGUCUUUCCGUUGGUCUUAUUCAGAGGGGGAUGGAUGCUGAAGAACGGAGAUUCAACUAUAAAUGUGAUAUAACAUAUACCAAUAAUUCGGAGCUUGGCUUUGAUUACUUGCGAGAUAAUCUUGCUGGAAAAAGCGAACGGCUUGUAAUGAGAUGGCCAAAGCCAUUUCAUUUUGCAAUUGUUGAUGAAGUGGAUUCUGUUCUGAUUGAUGAAGGAAGAAAUCCUUUGUUAAUCAGUGGUGAGGCUAGUAAAGAUGCUGCACGAUACCCUGUUGCUGCAAAAGUAGCCGAACUGCUUAUACAGGGCACUCAUUACAAAGUAGAGCUUAAAGAUAAUUCAGUGGAGUUGACUGAGGAAGGAAUUGCUCUUGCUGAAAUGGCUCUUGAAACUAAUGACCUGUGGGAUGAAAAUGAUCCUUGGGCUAGAUUUGUGAUGAAUGCUUUAAAAGCUAAAGAAUUCUAUCGCCGUGAUGUGCAAUACAUUGUUAGAGAUGGGAAGGCUUUAAUUAUCAAUGAGCUUACGGGAAGAGUUGAAGAGAAAAGGCGAUGGUCUGAGGGAAUUCACCAGGCUGUGGAGGCAAAGGAAGGCUUGAAGAUUCAGGCAGAUUCUGUUGUUGUGGCACAGAUCACAUACCAGUCAUUAUUCAAGCUCUAUCCAAAGUUGUCAGGAAUGACUGGGACUGCUAAAACAGAAGAGAAGGAGUUCUUAAAAAUGUUCCAGGUGCCAGUCAUUGAAGUGCCCACAAAUCUUCCUAAUAUUCGAAAAGAUUUGCCUAUUCAAGCAUUUGCUACUGCUCGUGGGAAAUGGGAGCAAGUUCGCCGAGAAGUUGAAUAUAUGUUUAGACAAGGUCGUCCUGUCUUAGUUGGGACAACUAGUGUAGAAAAUUCUGAAAUUUUGGCUGGUCUGCUUAUGGAAUGGAAUAUUCCCCAUAAUGUUCUGAACGCUCGACCCAAGUAUGCUGCAAGAGAAGCUCAAAUUGUUGCACAGGCAGGACAGAAACAUGCCAUUACCAUCUCUACAAAUAUGGCAGGCAGGGGCACAGAUAUAAUCCUCGGAGGAAAUCCAAAAAUGCUUGCCAGAGAAAUCAUAGAGGAUAGCUUACUUUCAUUUUUGACAAGAGAGGAUCCAAAUCUUGAACUUGCUGGUGAGGCUAUUUCACAAAAGGUGCUUCCAAAGAUAAAUGUUGGAUCGUCAUCAUUGGCCUUGCUGGCUAAGACAGCCUUAAUGGCCAAAUAUGUAUCCAAAAGUGAGGGUAAAAGUUGGACAUAUCAGAAGGCUAAAUCUUUUAUCUUGGAGGCUGUUGAAAUGAGUCUUUCAUAUAGUUUGGAGGACCUGGAGAAGCUUGCUAAUGAAGAAUCUGAGAUCUACCCUCUUGGUCCAACAGUAGCACUUGCCUAUCUGUCAGUUUUGAAGGAUUGUGAAGAACACUGUUUGCAUGAAGGGUCUGUGGUAAAAAGGCUUGGAGGCCUUCAUGUGAUUGGUACAUCUUUACAUGAGUCCCGUAGAAUAGAUAACCAGCUCCGUGGCAGAGCAGGAAGACAGGGGGAUCCAGGAUCAACACGAUUUAUGGUCAGUUUGCAGGAUGAGAUGUUUCGAAAGUUCAAUUUUGAUACUGAAUGGGCUGUGAGACUCAUCUCAAAGAUUACAAAUGACGAAGAUCUGCCAAUCGAGGGUGAUGCCAUUGUAAAGCAGCUCUUGGCAUUGCAAAUCAAUGCAGAAAAGUUUUUCUUUGGCAUAAGAAAGAACCUCGUUGAGUUUGAUGAAGUAUUGGAGGUGCAACGAAAGCAUGUUUAUGAUCUAAGGCAGUUAAUCUUAACCGGAGAUGAUGAAAGCUGUUCCCAACACAUAUUACAGUACAUGCAAGCAGUGGUGGAUGAGAUUGUCUUCAGUAACGUUGAUCCGCUGAAGCAUCCACGUAGCUGGGGUUUGAGUAAGCUCUUGAAAGAGUUUAUGACAAUUGGUGGAAAGCUAUUGCAUGAAUCUUUUGGAGGUAUUAGUGAUGACACUUUGCUAAAUUCACUUGGGCAAUUGAACGAUGUGAGUUCAGUUGAUAUUGUCAACUUGUCCCUUCCAAAUUUGCCAGCACCUCCAAAUGCCUUCAGGGGAAUUCGCCGGAAGAGCUCUUCAUUAAAACGAUGGCUUGCUAUUUGCACUGAUGAUUUAAUUGAAAAUGGGAAGUAUCAGACAACUUCUAAUCUCCUUCGCAAGUAUCUUGGAGAUUUUCUAAUUGCUUCAUAUUUAACUGUCGUUGAAGAAUCAGGUUAUGAUGAGAGACAUGUAAAGGAAAUUGAGAGAGCUGUUCUUUUGAAAACUCUUGAUUGCUUCUGGAGAGAUCAUCUUGUAAACAUGAAUAGGCUCAGCUCUGCGGUGAAUGUAAGGAGCUUCGGCCAUAGAAAUCCUCUUGAAGAGUAUAAAAUCGAUGGUUGUCGGUUUUUCAUCUCAAUGCUCAGUGCAACUCGAAGAUUAACUGUAGAAGCACUGCUGCAGUAUUGGACAUCUCCAAUGGAAUCCCAAGAACUAUUUUUGACAUAAACCUUCAAUGCUUCUUACAUAAAAGAAUGGUUUUAGGAGCUCGGGGUUACUUCAUCUACAAGUAGAGUUAUCCUUAUUUAUGGUUUGUCAAAGUUAUAUGGAAGAUACGUGGAGAUGCUCACAAAAAUGAUUUGUUAUCAUGAUCGUGCAUCUUAUUGCAGAGGCAAGGCAAUGAAAGUAGAUCCCGUUUAUUCCCGUGGUUUUGCUUGGAUUACAUGGUUUUGGUUGAUUAAUUGAACUGAGGUUUACACGUUGAUGGUGCCUAGUGCCUACAAGAGGUUUAACAAGAGCUAUGCCUAACACGUCCAAGGAAAUGGCCUUUCUGUCCUCUUUGUUAUUCUGAAAAGAAAAAGAAGCCAAUUUAGAUGUGCAUCUAGUAUAAUAAUUUUUUAGCAUUGUUUAGCCAAGGUAAUCAAAGGUCGUAGUAGAAUUCAGAUUUGAUCCAGUAUGUAAAAUAU